AUUCUGACGCGGAUGCAGCCCGAUAUCCACCUUCCACGCGGCGGAUUUAUUCCCUGCCUCUCGGCUCUGUGACCAGUCAAAGUCCGACAACGCCCUGCGCCCCAUAGACGGCCCAUCGUCAUCAUCUGCUGAAGCUCUACCCUCGAAUCGAAACCUCACCUUCUCUCUCUGCAAUGCGAUAAUCCGGAUCAGCCCCCGAUCGGCAGAGGUGAGGUUGAAGGGCCGUGAGCCUACAAAUCGACAUGUUUGGGAAUAGAAGAAAAAGGGCAGCAAGCAAUCCCGCCCUCGAUGCAUCCAAUAUGGAUCCUUCUGCAGCUAGCGCAGCUGCCCAAGCCUUCCUGAAGAACCGGGCCUCGAACGCUUCGCUUUCCUCGGCCGCUGCGGCUGCAGCUCUUAAGGCUCGGCCGACAACUCCAACCUUCGUGGCAGAUGUGCAGACAAAGAGGACACUCCGGAGGACUGGCUCGACUUCGUCCAUGGGAAGUUCUACUGGAUCAGCAAGAGGGCCACCAGGAUCCCAGCUGGAACGCAGGUUGAGCUCCGGCUCAAUGUCAGAGCGGACUUUCCGGGCCUCUUCACCUGCUCAAGCACAACAUGUCCCCAGUGCUGUUGAUGCGCCUCCAGUCCCUGCUAUCCCUAAUAACGUGCUCCAGCAAGGCCGGCCGCCCGUACCCUCCAAAUCCCAUCGAAGAGCUGCCAGUGUGGAACAAAAGCGCGUCGCUUCUCCUCCUCCAAACCAGGCAUCCGGACGGGGAUCUAGUCUAGGUCCUGGAGUGUCGAGUCCCCCAAGGAGAGGUGGCCAGAGGGUGACAAGCUUGUCCAGUGUGCAAGAGCUAACAGGUUUAGAGCGACCAGCAAGCAGAGGGUCCGUUAAUUCUAUUAAUUUCUCUUACCCAAGAGCGACAUCCCCCAUGUCUCCUAUGUCCCCAUUCGGACAGAGACGGCUAACUUCUCCCUCACCACAAAGGGUUCGGCCAAGAAUGCAGGUGCCAGACGUGCCUCCAGGUCAAGAUCUGAUCUACGACCCCAAUACCCGAACUUUCCUUACACUGGCCAAGAUUCGUGAAAUCGAGCGACAUAUAGAUAGUCUCUCCAGCCAGCCUGUCAAGAAAAAGAAGAGGGUUGCUCCAAAGCCAACAGAAGGGACAUAUCUUGCUCAUGGGACUGUCGGUGGCAGACCUAGAGGGACAGCUAUAGAUGCCAUGGAAGCUGCAGCAAGUCAGCAGCAGAUACCAGCUGAACCUACUCCAGCCCCAGCCACAGCACCCGAAACGGUAUAUGAACUUCCGACUGCCCCCGAGUCUGAUGUCCCCGAGCCCACACUUGGUGUCCCAAAGAAAAAGAAAAAGAGGAGAGUUGUGGUGGCCAGCGAUUCAGAUAGCGACCAAGCAUCCUAUAUCCCCAACUCUUCGGACAAUGACAGUGACAUUUCUUUCCGGCCAGCAACCUUCAAUACUCGGGCCGGCACUGGCCUAGCCAAGAAGCCGUCUAUUGUCCGGGAAGACAGGGAGCGAGAAGAAGAAGAGGAUGAUACCCCCACGAAGCCCAAAGCUUCGGAAACUCUUCCAAGGUUGGAUACGAACCCUGCUAUAGCACGGGCAAUUUCCCCUACACCAUUGCCCCACUCACAAGCCGGACGAGGUCAUGGCAGGGGUCAAGCUCUCGCUUCAGCUGCGUUUGCUGAAGGUCGACAACAUACUAGAUCUGCCAGUCAACCUGCACCCACUCUCGCAGAUUUGCCUACAGCAAUCACCGGGGUUGGGCUCGUGAGUAAGGAUAGUAUCCGAGCAAACAGAGUGCAAUCUGUCAGUCCAGCUCGAACCACACAUUUUGCAACAGCUUCCGACAAUUUGGUGGUCAAACAUCAACCUCCUCCAAGAUCUAUCUCUCCUCGCAAGUCUGCUUUGAAGCAUUCGCAUUCAAAUUCGCCAAGAGGACCAUCUCCUUCAGGUGAAAUUCCAAGUGAGGGGUCGAAUGCCUCGGUCAUGACGGAUGAGUUGGCAGUACCUAGGAAGAAGGCAAAUCGAGUCAGCUUUGAUGAAACAAACGUUGUAGUAGGAUCGGCAGCUACACCAACCUCCUCCGAUUCUCCAACUGUGCAGAGUCCUCAGACAAAGAGACCAUGGUACAGCAUUGGUCGAGGAAAGAAGAAGGAGUUGGCCGUGACGGACGAUGACGACGAAGUGAUGAAGCCAAGACCUGCAUUACCUUCUUUCGGGAGUGUCCGCGAGAAGAAGAACACCCGAGAGGUUGAAGAGCGACCAUUGGUGAAGCCAGCUGAACCCGUUGAAUCCAAACAAUCGGUGUCCUCCCCACCGCUCUUCACAACUCCAACUGGGGACAUCAUGGAGUAUCCAUUGGGACAGUCCAACGACCACGUAGUCGGAGCCAUCAUUUCCCAAGAUGCUGCAUCCAAGAACGCGGCCAACAUCUCGAAGUCUCGAGAGCCAUUACCUCCUCAGGUCACAUCUGUUGAAGGCAGCGGCUACCAUUCCGAUACCGACAGCAGCGAAGACAGUUUGAAUAUCAAGUCAGAUGUGGGAGUUGCUCAAGCAGAUACCGUUAAACGCAGCCCUGAAGGUGGAAAUACCGACAGCUAUAAAUCAUUAGCAAGUCCUGUACCAGAACCAGAGCCAGAACACGUGGAGACUGAAGACGACACGCCGACGCCGAUUCCAUCUCCAACUCUCAACCCAGUAGAGAACCCAAAUGGCGAGGUUCCUGAAAUUGCUGUUGUUCAUACGACACCUACCUUGAAGACUACAGAAUCGCGGAGUGGAAUGCCGCAUAUGCCGGGAGAGUGGGAUUCCUCUGAUUCAGAUAACCAGCAAGACGCGCCAAUGCCGACAACAGUUCCCAACUACUCAGCCGAACUAAAGCAGGCUGCCAUUGGCAUUGCGGAAACCGCGCCAAUAAUUCAUGAACACGACGGGGGCGAGAUGGCUUGCUUCAAUAAUUCCCAUGCAACUCCUGCUAUCAUUGAAGAAGCAGAAGAGUCCGAUGCAACAAGUGUUUACAGCGAUGCAAAUGAAGAUUUUUCAGAUGUUGAGGGGGGUUUCCUAUCUCUGGAUGCUGUGGUCGAAAGUCCAAUUGUCAGCCAUCCGAUAGUCAAUACUGCAGUACCGGGUGUCGCCGUUACAACUUCGCCUGAAAGCCCCACCCCAAGAUCAACAAAAGAAAUGGCUUUCAGGCAAAGCCAGUUGUCAAAAGAAUCGAGCGAGCCAGACCUUGGUGAGGGCUGGGACAAGGCGCAGGAGUACUGGAGUAGUCUUUCUGCUGAUAAGAAGAGACAAUUGGAACUAGACGCGCGCAAGCAAGCUGAAGACUCCGGAUCCGAUACCGAGGUUGAAGUCAAGCCAAUCCCAAAGCCCAAAAAGAAAAAGAAGAAGCCUGUUGCGGUCGUCCAGCCUCCUGCUCCUGUUGCACCUACUGUACGGGCUCAACCCACCAUGGCCAAUGAACGGAACUAUAUGAUACAGCCAGGUUCCAGGGCCGGUCCGAAUGGGCAUGCACCCAUGAGAUCUUCAAUGCGACCAGAACCUCGGAACACAGGCGCGGAUACUCAUAUGCGAACAUCGAUGAGGAGUGGAGACACGAUGCGAGGAUCAUUGCGAGGAUCAUUACAGAAAAAGCAUCAUCCAGUGUCAUUGCCCGCGGAAGAAAUCAAGGCAGAUCCCGCUGCAGUCAAGAAGCACAUCAGGAAUUUUUCAGAAGCCAGUGCAGCUGCUGCUCCAGCCGCUGCAAAGAGAGACUUAGCGCCGCCACCCCUUCGGCGAAAGAACUCUGGGGAUUCUGAUAGCAGUUUCAAGCGCACCAGACCAUCAACUGAUGGAUCGAACUUCAGACGCUCGAUGCGGAAUUCUGGUGAACAGAACUUUGGUGGACGCCCUCAAUCACCGCCGCGCUCAAGCAGAUUUAGCCUUCGCUCCUUAUCUCCUACUGGUUCUGCAAUCCGGCGACCCUUUAGCAGUGCUGCCUCUCCAGUUGCCCUUUCUCAGACACAUAUGCGAAGCUCAAUGCGCCGUUCUUCGGAUUCAACGUCAUCUCUCCGCACGCGAAUGCCUGGCUUUGGAAAGUCCCGGGGCUCCAAACAGACCAAGCAGAAGGCGCCUCAACGUACAAGUCGCUUCGCCGACUCGAGUGACGAAGAAGACGAUCGACCAGCAUUUCGAAGCCGAUUUAACGAUUCCAGCGAUGAGGAUGAACCAAUUUCACGACCAAUUGUUAUGCCUCGAUCAAUGCGGUCGAAACCUGUCGAUGCUCCGGUCCGAGGGAUACCCAAACGUGCCGGUGCUGAAGAUGGCGAUUCGAGUGACUUGCCCGAUUCCGAUGAUGAGAAACCAUCCGGAGGGUUGAAAUUGGCCAAGAAGCGUGGCACGAACGGACCAGCAAUUACCCCUACUCAAGGUACAGCACUCGCUUCUGGAUCAUUGCGAAGAUCUGGAUCAGGACGUGAGACAAUUAGUUCUCCAACUACAAUAGCAACUAUCACUGGGCCAGCAUCGCGUCCAAGCCACUCUCGUCGUGGCAGCUUCAUGUCUAUCCUUCGUCGCAAGAAACCUGAUCCUUCCUCCAAAGUCAGAAAGUCAGACGCUGAAUCGCCAGCUCGUCGUGACACGCCUCUGGAACGAAGUAAAUCGGAUCUAGCUGUUUUGCGCGGUGACCGACCGGCAACACCUAAAUUGCAAAAGCGCAAUGGACCCAGCAGACAGAAUAGCGGUGCUUGGCCAUUGCCAGAACCAACGAGCCCGCCGACAAUUGUAGGGGGAGAAGAAGGACGACCCGAUACGGCCGAUGGAAUUGUAGGAGGCGAGCUUACGAACGGCCACAGGCCAGAUAUGGGUUCGAGGAGAUUCACAGCAACAGGGCUAGCAGACGUCGACAUCAACGGCAUUGGCAAGCCCAGAAGGAAGAAGAAAUUCGGUGCGCUGAGACGGAUCUUCAGGCUGGACGACUAA